AUGUGUUGUCAAACACUUGGCAUUGCUAAUGUAUUUUCAUCCUGGCUUUACGCUGAUCAAAGGCAGUCCUGGGGCAGAAGCGGCUCCUCCAGGAGGGAGCACAGGGCCACUACAGGAAGGAGCACCGGCGGGCCUCCAGCUUUUGGGAGUGCUGGAGGUGGUGGUGGUGGGUCUAAUGGAGGUGGAGGCCCUCCAUCUCCAGCUACUGGAGGUGGCAGACCUCCAGCUGCUGGUAGAGCUGGUGGUGGUAGCGGGCCUCCGGGAGGUGGUGGUGGAAAAGGCCCUCCAUCUCCAACUUCUGGAGGUGGUGGACAUCCAGCUACUGGUAAAGCUGGUGCUGGUGGGGCGGGCCUCCGGGUCAUAAUAGAGUCUGUUUCCAACCAGAGCUUUUCUGAUGCAAGUGAAGGUGCAACAGUCACUUAUGAGCCAGCUUUAUUUGAGUAUGGAGUGAAAAUUAUUAACCCUAACCGAAUGAAAGAAUUCCGUAAUGUCCGAGUUGGAUGA